UUCCCUCGCUCUCCUCCAGUCGCCAUGUCCUGCAAGUCGACCGUCACCAUGCACAGCAGCGGACGCCGUGGCUUCAGCGCCGCAUCUGCCCUGGCCCCCGGAGCUUGCCGGACCGGGUUCAGCUCGCUCUCCGUGUCCCGCUCCGGGGCCGGGGGCAGCGGCUUCGGCCGGGUCUGCGGCGGGGGCGCCGGCGGAGCCGGCUUCGGCAGCCGCAGCCUCUACAACCUGGGCGGAUCCAAGCGCAUCUCCAUCAGUGCCGGAGGCUGCUACGGCGGGAGAGGUGGCGUUGUCGGUAGCGGGUUCGGAUCCGGCUUCGGCGGCGGCUUCGGCGGCGGCUUCGGCUCCGGCAUGGGCGGCGGCUUCGGGGGCGGCUUCGGCGGAGGCUUCCCCGUGUGCCCCCCGGGCGGCAUCCAGGAGGUGACCAUCAACCAGAGCCUCCUGGCCCCCCUGAACCUGCAGAUCGACCCCACCAUCCAGCGGGUGCGGACCGAGGAGCGCGAGCAGAUCAAGACCCUCAACAACAAGUUCGCCUCCUUCAUCGACAAGGUGCGCUUCCUGGAGCAACAGAACAAGGUGCUGGACACCAAGUGGCAGUUGUUGCAGCAGCAGGGGACCAAGACUGUGAAUCAGAACCUGGAGCCGUUGUUCGAGUCCUACAUCAGCAACCUGAGACGCCAGCUGGACUCCAUCCUGAGCGAGCGUGGCCGGCUGGAUUCCGAGCUCCGGGGCAUGCAGGACCUGGUGGAGGACUUCAAGGCCAAGUAUGAGGACGAAAUCAACAAGCGUACCGCGGCCGAGAACGAAUUUGUGACCCUGAAGAAGGAUGUCGACGCCGCUUACAUGAACAAGGUGGAACUGACCGCCAAGGUAGACUCCCUGAUGGACGAGAUCAACUUCCUGAGGGCGCUGUACGAGAUGGAGCUGUCCCAGAUGCAGACCCAGAUCUCUGACACGUCGGUGGUCCUGACCAUGGACAACAACCGCUGCUUGGACCUGGACAGCAUCAUCGCCGAGGUCAAAGCCCAGUACGAAGAGAUCGCCCAGCGCAGCCGGGCCGAGGCCGAGUCCUGGUACCAGUCCAAGUACGAGGAGCUGCAGCAGACCGCCGGCCGCCACGGGGAUGACCUGCGCAACACCAAGCACGAGAUCUCCGAGAUGAACCGCAUGAUCCAGCGACUCCGGUCUGAGAUCGACCACGUCAAGAAGCAGUGCGCCAACCUGCAAGCCGCCAUCGCUGACGCGGAGCAGCGCGGUGAGCUGGCCCUCAAGGACGCCCGGGUCAAGCUGGAGGAGCUGGAGGCCGCCCUGCAGAAGGCCAAGCAGGACAUGGCCCGCCAGCUGCGCGAGUACCAGGAGCUGAUGAACGUCAAGCUGGCCCUGGAUGUGGAGAUCGCUACCUACCGCAAGCUUUUGGAGGGCGAGGAGUGCAGGCUGAGCGGAGAAGGGGUCGGACCCGUCAAUAUCUCCGUGGUCAGCUCCACCGUGUCCAGCGGCCACGGUGGCGGCAGCGGUGUCUGCAGCGGCUACGGCCUGGGCGGAGGCAGCGGGCUCUCCGGAGGCCUGAGCGUGGGCGGCUCCUCGUUCAGCUCCAGCAGCGGGCGGUGUCUCGGCGGCGGCUUCGGCUCCGGCAGCACCGGCAGCUCGAGCGUCCGGUUCAGUACCACCACGUCCUCCAGCCGGAAGAGCUACAAGCACUAGAGGCGGGUACUUCAAACCGUCUCGUCCCUUCGCCUCUCAACCCCUGCCCACUCCGGCCGUCCCCUGGGGGCUGCUCUCGGCCCCGGCUCGCCUGGCCCCUUGCACUGUGGGCUUCGCCUGGCUCCCGCUCCCUCGCCAGACCUCCCUCCCCACCGUGUCCCGCGGGGAGGCUGAAUCCAGGAGUGGCAUCCCCCUUCGGGGCGGACAGAACCUCUCUCUGGGAUGUGUGUUUCUCUGCUCCCUCCCCUGCCUCCUGUUUGUCCAAUAAAGCGCAUUUGUGAUAUCUA